AUGGGGGUUGAAGUUAAAGACCCGGAGGCUAGAACGCUGUCUCCUUCAUUGCAGGAUGACAAAUGGGCUCAAUAUUUUUCUAUCUAUCUAUCUAUCUAUCUAUCUAUCUAUCUAUCUAUCUAUCUAUAUAUCCUAGCCUGUUCGUAUCUAUCUCAGUCUGUUCGAAUCUAUCUAUCUAUAUAUAUAUCUAUUUAUCUAUCUCAGCCUAUUCGUAUCUAUCUCUCUAUUUAUCUAUCUCAGUUUAUUCGUAUCUAUCUAUCUAUCUAUCUAUCUAUCUAUCUAUCUAUCGUAUUCGUAUCUAUCUCAGUCUGUUCGAAUCUAUCUAUCUCUAUAUAUCUAUCUAUUUAUCUAUCUCAGACUAUUCGUAUCUAUCUCUCUAUUUAUCUAUCUCAGUUUGUUCGUAUGUAUGUAUGUAUGUAUGUAUGUAUCUAUCUAUCUAUCUAUCUAUCUAUCUAUCUAUCUAUCUAUCUAUCUAUCUCUUUAUGUCCCUCUCUAUCUAUCUAUCUAUCUAUCUAUCUAUCUAUCUAUCUAUCUAUCUAUCGUAGUCUCUUAAUAUCUAUCUAUCUCACUCUUUUAAUAUCUAUCUAUCUAUCUAUCUAUCUAUCUAUCUAUCUAUCUAUCUAUCUUAGUCUGUUCGUAUCUAUCUCUCUAUUUAUCUAUCUCAGUUUUUUCGUAUCUAUCUAUCUAUCUAUCUAUCUAUCUAUCUAUCUAUCUAUCUAUCUAUCUAUCUAA